CCCGUCGGAGCGGGAGCCGCGGUGGCUGACGGACCGAGCAGCGGGGCGCUCGAAAAAGACACCAACGGAGAUGCUUUGUGGGUUUGGUGUUAUCCAUCCGUAACAACUGAACUGAGGAGUCUACUGCUGCGAAAGUGCUGCCUUACAGAUGAAAAUAAAUUGCUUCAUACGUUUGUAUUUGGCCAGUAUAAAAGGUCGUGGUUCUACAUCACAACUGUGGAAGUUCAAGAUUCUCCAGCCUUGAAAAAGGUGACCCACUUCUCCAUUGUUCUGAUGGCCAAAGACUUCAACCCAGAGAAAUAUGCAGCCUUCACUAGGAUACUGUGUAGAAUCUACUUGAAGCAUGGAAGUCCAGUUAAAAUGAUGGAGAGUUACAUUGCAGUCCUUACAAAGGGGAUCUGCCAAAGCGAAGAAAAUGGAUCUUUCCUCAGCAAGGAUUUUGAUGCUCGGAAGGCUUAUCUUGCUGGUUCCAUCAAAGAUAUAGUAUCUCAGUUUGGAAUGGAAACAGUUAUCUUAUAUACGGCACUGAUGUUAAAGAAGAGAAUUGCGGUGUACCAUCCUAGAAUAGAAGCUAUCCAGGAGUUUACCAGGACUUUGCCUGCUUUAGUGUGGCAUCGACAAGACUGGUCAAUUCUUCAUUCAUAUGUACAUCUAAAUGAGGAGGAACUGGAAGCCUUAAAAGCCUGCACAGGUUACAUUGCUGGAUUUACAGAUUCUGAAGUGAACAGUAGACCAGACCUCUACGAUGUGUAUGUGAAUUUGGCGGAUAGUGAGAUCACUAUUUCCCCUGUAGUAAAAGAGGCAAUGACAAUGGGAAAACUUCACAAAGAAAUUGGACAACUAAUUGUUCAGUCUGCAGAAGAUCCAGAUAAAUCAGACAGCCAAGUCAUUAAGGAUAUUUCUCUGAAGACAAAAGAAAUCUUGGCUACUUUAGCCUCACUUACUGAAGUUUCCGAUGGCAAUGAAAAACCAACCCUUAACUCUGAGGCCCUGAAACAAAAGCGAUUUCCACCAGCUACAGAAAACUUUCUUUUUCAUUUAGCAGCUGCUGAACAAAUGCUCAAAAUCUGAUUUUGAUGCACUGCAGUGUUAUGGACCAACUCAAAAAUACUGUCUUUGCUAUACAGAUAGGAAUACCUGGUAUUUUAUAUGGAAAAAUUAAAGGUAUAAGAGUGAAUGUCAUAUUUACCGUGAUAUAAUGCAGAAUGUCGGAGCUUGACGUGGAACAUAUGGAGGCAUAUUUGGGAACAUUCCUGGUGUCAUUAUCUUCCCCAGCUAUAACUUUGUAUAUAUGGCUCCUGUAUUUCAUAUCACAAUGUGGAUGCGUAUACAAGCAGCAUGGGCCCGUGUGUCCAGGCUGUGCCAGACAUUAUUAUAGUGGCCGUUUGUCCUGCAGGUUCCAGAUGUCGGACAGCUCUGUUCUUGCUCUGACAUGUCUUCCUGGGGUCUGGAACACGGGCUGCAGCACACGUGCUGUAAAACCAGCGCAGUUUGGAUGUGCUAGUCUCUGCACAGGGAUACACUGAACACGCAAUUGGUCUGAGUGCUCAUUCGGGGCUUCCAGGUAUGUCAGCCUGUCAGAUACUGCUCUUGCUCUGGACUGCCUGAUACCUGGAAGUCCCAAAUAAAUGGACAAGUUCUCUUCUUUCUACUUGAAAGUGUCUAGGUGUAAAAGAGGAUGUCUGGCAAAAUCUGACGUGGUAGCCUUAGUAUAUAAAGGAAGAGGUAUUUUAAAGCUCAAGUGGGAGGUGAGCACCUCUUUUGGACUCUUGCCUUAGACGUUUUCCCCCCUUUCACUCCGUCGCAUGGCUCUGAUGGAGGGCAAAGAGGACAGGAUUACUAUAUUUAAAAUGGGGCUUCCUAGGGGGGUCACAGACAAGUGCUGCUUUACAGCUGGAGUCAUUUAAGAAGUUGUUAGGGUUCUCAGCUGAGAAGAUACCUGGCCAUUCAUUCCUGAUCCAUUUGACAGAAAAUCAGAUGAGUUAAAGCCUUAUGGACUAGAAAUGUUCAAAUGGCCAGGUACCAUUGUUAGAGCAUCAGCCUCUUAAACUGCUUGAGCUGUAACACGGGUACUAUCUGAUGGUGCUCUGUGUAGACUAAAUGUAGAUGGAAGCUUUUGAAGUAAUAGUGAAAACUGGGAAAUAGUUUAGAGAAAAUUAAAAUUUGCCUACUUGUUUGGUUGCAUAGCCAUAACUCAAGAGGGUUUUUGUUUUGGUUUGGUUUUUUGGUUGUUGUUUUUUCUUCAUUGAGCAGCCUGAAACUAACUGCUUUGUAAUCUUCUGAGAAGAACUUAGAUUCUUUGUAGGGAAGUACUCUGAGCCAAAUGAUCUGUAUUUCUUCAGAAAUGUCCGUGACAAAUCAGUCAGUUCUGCAGUAGCACUUUGUUAUAAGAAAAAAUAACCUUCUUCCUGGCCUUUGUACAAAUAGGCUGUAGCAUGUGGUUUUACAUAGAGAUUUUAUACUUAUGAUUAAAACUUUAGUAAUCAAUAUUUAUAUUGUUAAAUAAUUGGAUGUUUGCUAUUUUGAAACUGGUAGAGCUCAUCAAUAACUACGUGCAAGCAAUAUUGGUUUGAAAAAGGGUUGUCCUUUUGCUGUGUAUCAUACAUUAAGGAAAUGUAUUUUAAGAAUGUGGAUAAGGAAUGUGGCUUCUAUGUAUAAAAUGGCUAGUUAUUACAGUCAGUAAAUGAAAGUGCUUCAGAAUAAUCCCCUAUUUUCAGGGGUGUAAAAUUCUGCUUUAAACACUUACUCUGCAGUUUAAAUUCUGAACACAGAAGAGUGUGCUUUUUUUUUUUUUAACUUCAGAGAAAAAUACUACAGUUGCCUUUGUUUACCUGCAAGAGCUCUGCAGCUUUUUUUCCCCAUUUGCCCAUUAAUGUUUUUUCUUAAUGGUUCUUUGGUAUUGCUGCUUCUGUUUUGGGACUUUUACAACAGUCAGAAUAGCAGAACUGCAAAAUUAUGCUGAAAAUUCCAUUCAGGACCUACUUUAAAGUCCACUGAAAUGGAAGUCUUUCACCAAGAAGAACCUGAAUGUGCUUUCAGUCAGCUGUCUUAACACCACAUUGUAACUGUGAAGAAAUUCACAUAGUUUCUUAUUAACAAAAAGCCUUAAGGUAUAUCAUUAAGGUAGUAUGGGUGUUAGAGACAACCACAAAAAGGAGAGCAGCUCAGUUACGAACUAAAUAUUGAAUGCUUACUUUGCUUUCUGUUUUGGAAAUAUUUAAGUUGAAAAUCUUGGUGUUGUGUUAGAUCUUGUAUUCUGACGUUUGUGCGAAACACAUGAAAUAAAUUUUGCACUUAAGGAACUGUCUAUUAAAAAAAAUCCUGAACAGUC